UAAACCCGUUCCGGGUGCUCCGGAAGCGAAGCUUUCUCUUCCGGAACAAGCGUCUGGGCGACCGCACGUGGUUGCGUUGCCCGGGCUUCUGCCGGCGUUUGCAGAGAAGUAAUUUGGACUGUCUCCCCGAAACGAGUGAGCCCAGGCGGAGCCAUGGAGGGCCAGAACGUGGAGGAGCUGCUGGCAAAGGCUGAGCGGGACGAGGCAGAGAAGCUGCAGCGCAUCACAGUGCACAAGGAGCUGGAGCUGGAGUUCGACCUGGGUAACCUGCUGGCCUCGGACCGGAACCCCCCAACGGGGCUGCGGCGCGCGGGACCCUCGCCGGAGGCCGAGCUGCAGGCCCUGGCGCGGGACAACACGCAGCUGCUCAUCAACCAGCUGUGGCAGCUGCCCACGGAGCGCGUAGAGGAAGCGCUGGUUGCGCGGCUGCCGGAGCCCACCACUCGCCUGCCGCGCGAGAAGCCGGUGCCCCGGCCACGGCCGCUUACACGCUGGCAGCAGUUCGCGCGCCUGAAGGGCAUCCGUCCCAAGAAGAAGACCAAUCUGGUGUGGGACGAGGUGAGUGGCCAGUGGCGACGCCGCUGGGGCUACCAGCGCGCUCGCGACGACACCAAGGAGUGGUUGAUCGAGGUGCCCGGCGGUGCCGACCCCUUGGAGGACCAGUUCGCCAAGCGGAUCCAGGCUAAGAAGGAACGGGUGGCCAAAAAUGAGCUGAACCGGCUGCGUAACCUGGCCCGCGCGCACAAGAUGCAGCUGCCCAGCACGGGGGGCAUGCACCCUACGGGACACCAGAGUAAGGAGGAACUGGGCCGCGCCAUGCAGGUGGCCAAGGUUUCCACUGCCUCUGUGGGGCGCUUCCAAGAGCGCUUACCCAAGGAGAAGGCGCCCCGGGGCUCCGGCAAAAAGAGGAAGUUUCAGCCCCUUUUCGGGGAUUUUGCAGCCGAGAAAAAGAGCCAGUUGGAGCUGCUGCGUGUGAUGAAUAGCAAAAAGCCUCAGCUGGACGUGACGAGGGCCACCAAUAAACAGAUGAGGGAGGAGGACCAGGAGGAGGCGGCCAAGAGGAGGAAAAUGAGCCAGAAGGGCAAGAGAAAGGGGGGCCGGCAGGGUGCUGGCGGCCAGAGGAAAGGUGGCCCGCCCAGCCAGGGAGGGAAGAGGAAAGGGGGCUUGGGAGGCAAGGUGAAUUCCGGGCCGCCUCGCUUGGGUGGCAAGAGGAAAGGAGGACAACACCAAGGAGGAAAGAGAAGGAAGUAAUUUUCAUCCUCGGACCCGCCUGUAAACAAAGAACUAUACUAAAUGUUAAGUUCGGGGGGCGGGGGGGGAUCAAAGAAAGCGGCUUCUGCUGCCUUCGUUGAACUUGAGGUUGAAGGGAUAGGCUGACCUCCCCCACAAGACAGAUGUAAAUGUUGGACUUUACAAAUGAAUGUUUUUCCCACAACCAAGAAUUUGGCUGGAGAUUAAAGGAUGUAUUUAAGGACAUAAGAAUCAGGGAAAGAAUUUGGUGGAAACUGGGAACAAGUUCUAUUUUUUAAAACAAAUCUUUUUUUCUUUUUAACUUUGAAUAUGGUGAGAGGGAGAGGAGAGUUGGUCAUAUUUCAGACUUGUAAUUGAUUUCUGCAUUAUUUUUAUGACAAGUGUAUCAAAGCAGAGGGGGGAACAGAAAGAUUACAUUUUCAAAACUGGACUUACAAGUAACUGUUAACCAAGGUUAUUUAAUAAAAGUGUCUGUGUCUAA